GAAACUAGCGGAAGUGAAGAAGAAGAUGGUGAAGAAGAGGAAGAUGAGGAGGCUGAACGAGAACCAGUAUUAAAAUAUGAAAGAAUUGGAAAUGCCGUGUCCAAAUUAUUUACAAAUGAUGCCGCAAGCUGUAUGGCUGUUCAUUCUAAGGUAUGGUCUCCUAAAGUGUGGAAAAUCUGAAAUUCGCGCAUGACUAACCGUGUUUCUAGCCCCAGACAUAAUUUGGGCACACAUGCACGUUAUCUUCACUUGUUCUCAUGAAAUUGAAAUACAUGCCUGCCAUUUACUAGGACAAAUCAUAGUUAUUCAGCGAGAAAACAUUGCCUUUUGGAGGUCGCUAUAGAUUUCUUAGGGAAAGAAUUUUUACAUUGGCCAAACGUCUAGUUCAGGGGAAAGUCAUUUGCGCGUAACAUUUGUGUAAAGCCGUCAGCCUGUAUAUAUAAGAAGUUUUAACGUCCAGUAUUUCUCUUCGUUCAAGGUGUGUGGAAAAUGCUUUUCGAUAUUUUAUUUGUAGUUAAUAUAUACAUUCAUGUUAUAAUACAACUCCAAACCGUAUGUAUUUGUUUUCUCCACUAUAUAGUAUAUAUAUAGUAUACUUGAUUACUUUUCUUGUAGUUUUUGGCUCUUGGAACCCAUUUUGGCAUUGUUCAUAUCCUUGAUCACCAGGGAAACCACAUAAUAAACAAAGAAUUUCCUUCCGUAUGUGUUUUCUUUAAGCUAUAAUAAUUUAAAUACUAAAGCAAUUUAGUUUAGUUGAUGUCCUUGCUUAGAAUGAAGAUACUCGAUGUUCAAUUUUAAAAUUUUGUUUGUCUUUUUCCAGCACACAACAACAGUGAACCAAAUAAGCAUUGAUAAUAAUGGUGACUACAUUGCUAGUUGUUCAGAUGAUGGAAGG